UCCCCGGCCAAAGUAAUGCCCUCUCCUACCCUGACGUCAAAGAACAGAUCACAAGCAAGAUUAAGCUUUUUCAUUUCUCUUAUUGCAGCAAUUAGUCGAGGACUGUAUAAAAAGGCUUCAGAAAUGGGAGGGAAAUCUGGGGACAAAAAGAGAUAGCUCAGAGAGGCAGAGGGAGAGAGGGACUGAGGGAGCAGAGAGGAGAACAGUGCAAUUUGGUUUCCUCCCCUAAAAAAAUAUUCCACCUGGUCUUUCUGACUAAAGAAACUUUUUACAACUUUUUCACUGGUUCAGCUGCUUAUAAUGUAGAGCCCUGGCUAACACCUGCCUUUUUAAAAAAAAUCUUUUCUAAUGCUAUUUUACUUUUUUUUUAAAAACAGCAUUAUUUUAUCCUCAAUUAUUUAUCUUAUGCUUAAAACUUGUUUUUUUUUUGGUUUUUUUUUUUGUGAAUUACUGAAUUGAUGAGAGGCAGAUAUUGAAACUUUAUGAGAGCAGGUGAACUUAAACUCUGCCGGUAUGGGGUUACUGAGCGUGGAUUUGCUGAUAACCCUUCAGAUUUUGCCAGGUUUCUUCUCCAACUGCCUCUUUCUGGCUCUGUAUGACUCUGUUGUGUUGGUAAAACACGUGCUUCUACAACUCAACCGUUCCAAAUCCAGCCAGAGUCAAUGGCGUCGGAUGCUGACCCCAGAAGGGAUGCGCUGCGUGUGGAACAGCUUCUUAUUGGACGCUUACAAGCAGGUAAAACUUGGAGGAUAUGCUCCCAACUCUAGUGUUUUCCAUGUGUCCAACAACAGAAGUUGUAGAAAUCCAAUCAGAACACUUGGGCAGCAAUGCCAUCUCCUAGACUUUGCAAAUACAGAGCGCCCCUUAGUUGUCAACUUUGGUUCGGCUACCUGACCCCCCUUUAUAAGCCAGUUGCCGGCCUUCAGCAGAAUGGUGGAGGAGUUCUCUAAUGUGGCUGAUUUUCUGUUGGUCUACAUUGAUGAGGCUCACCCUUCAGAUGGCUGGGCUGCUCCUGCAAUUACCUCCUCUUUUGAAGUGAAAAAACACAGGAGCCAGGAAGAUCGUUGUGCUGCAGCCAACAGACUCCUACAACACUUCUCCCUCCCCCCUCAGUGCCAAGUAGUUGCUGACUGCAUGGACAAUAAUGCCAAUGUGGCAUAUGGUGUCUCCUUUGAGAGAGUGUGCAUCAUACAGAGUCAAAAGAUUGUAUACCUUGGAGGCAAAGGUCCAUUUUUUUAUAAUAUCCAAGAAGUUCACCAAUGGCUGGAACACAAUUUUGGGAAGAGAUGAACACUGGGGUGACUGAUGUGCCAUAUAUUUGUCUAAAAAAAUCAUAGGCACAAGGACAAGUAUAUAAAUUUGAGCCAUUUUUUUAAGAUUAAGUUGGACUUCUGUGGAGUGAAGCAAAAUGCAAAAAUGAAUUGCAAUAUGAAGAAAGACAACAUACAAUUCAAUACACAAACAGUUUAGUGAAGGAAUAAAUAGAUGUGAAAUAAAAUUUCUGUGACCUUUUAUCUGUGACCAAACUUAAUCACUCUCCAUCAGCCUCAAAACUCAACAGAAUAGACGAUGAAUCAUUAGAACCUUAACAGAACUUUAAACAAGAAUCCUGAAAGACUUUACAAAGACUAUCAGAAUUGUUUCACUCAGCCAUUCUUAGAAUGGCAAAAACAUUCUAUUUAACAGGUAUCCAAAUAUUCAAGCGCCUACUCAGGUCUAUAUCCCUGAGAAAAGUUUUUUUUUUUUUUUGGAGAAAUAUAGGAAAGAGCAUAGCAAUAUUGGCAUUGAUGGUGAAUAAUUCCUUUCAUGAAUUUAUCACUGAGUAUUCAAACUUUGCAGUUAUCAGGUAUAUCUCAUGUUACAUUUUUUAACAUAAUUUAUUUUGUUACCAUAAGUCUAUGGUGUGUUUAAUACUGAGGAUCCUUUAAUUACACAGUUACCUCAUUGGAAGAACAGAAGCAUCAUGCAACCAAUGCUCUGCUCUUCGGCGACAAAUGUUCUGCAGUUUUCUGUAGAAUCAGGGCAUUGUUAAUACAUUCUUAUUAUCUUCAUAAGUUGAAACCCAUAGGAAAACAAAUUCAGUCAUAAAUAACCUCUUGCAUUUUUCUUCUACCACCAUCGAGAGCUCAGGUAUCAAUUAGAUUCCAGCUUUAGGCUUAUUUCUGACAGAUGAUAUAUAAGACGCAGAAAAAGAAUCCAUUCUUCUAAUGUAAAAAUAUAAAGUCUUGUGCCCUAUUAAUGGUCUGAGGCUGGGCCUGGGGUAGUCAGCUUCAUAAUCCUCAAUCUCUGUCCUUUCAUUUUGUGCAUUGCUGAUAUGAGACAAUGCAGCACUGGAGUAACAGUAAUAUAUUCCUCCCAAAUAAGAGCGGUAGCAACACAACAUUUUCUAUAUGAGGUCACUGGGAUUUCUGUAGUUACAUCCCAGUUUAAGACAAAAUUGUAAUUUCACAAUUUGUCACAAUCCAUUGAGAAAUACAACUGAAACUUCAGUAUUCAUUUCUUUGAUAAUACAGAUUUGCAAUGCACCCUAAGUACCAUAUAUCAUGGUUAUUUCAGAUUCUCCCUUUAAGGGAUCAUUGUUAUGGUUAACUUAGAUUUGCAGCAUAAGUGCCCAAUGUCAUUGUUAGUACAGAUUUACCAUGUACUCUAGAGUCGGUACGCCUAUUCUCAUGGUUAACCAUGUCUUUUAAGUGCCCAUUUUCAUUUUUAAUCCAAAUUAAGCAUGCACCCUAUCUGUCACAGAUUUGCCAUGUACUCUAGGUGACCAUUGUCAUGGUCAGUCCAGAGUCGGCACGCCUAUUCUCAUGGUUAGUACAUUAGCCAUGUCUUAUAAAUGCCCAUUUUCGUGGUUAAUACAAAUUAAGCAUGCACCCUAUCUGUCUCAGAUUUGCCAUGCACCAUAAAUUACUUUGUCAUGGUUAGCCUAGAUUUGCCAUACGCCAUAAAUGCCUUUGUCAUGAUUAGUCCAGAUUUGCCAUGAACCCAAAGUGCCCAAAUGUAUAGUUGUUUUUGGUUUCCCAUGAACAAGUGCCAAUGUCAUGAUCAGUUCAUGCACCUUACUUGGUCAGGGCCAGUAAAGACUCCUUUUAUACCUCUAGUGUUUAUCAUAAUAGCAAAGGCUGCCCAUAUCAUGGUUCAGCUUAUACCACUAGGACUCACAGUGGCUAUACCAUAAUUCCCAUAUACCUCCAGGACCAUGCCAUGGUCUAACCUUGCCUCCAAAUGUAGCUAAUGCCAUGCAGACCAUACUGUGCCAUCACAAUACAGUGCUUCAGACUACUUAGUGUGCAGUAAGUCACAGUAACAUCAGGCAUUUACUAUAAACAUAUAUCUAAAAACCUCAGAAGGAUCCUCAGAUGUUAAACCCACAUAGUCUUCACACACCACACCUCGUUGAAAAAGACAAUUUCUCUUCAAACGUUUAGUCUAACUGGAUUUUCUUACAUCAAUGCUCUACUUCACCCUUGUUCUGCAUUUUCUCAUCCAAGAUGAUGGCUUGGCUAUCAUUUCCAGCCAAUACCUGUCAAGCAGAAAAGAGUUAAAAUGAGCAGUCUUUAAACAGAUUCUCCACUGAAAGCCGCACAGUUUAAUCUUUCAUGUCUUGAGCAUUAUUGACAUUCUGUACUAUAUAUUAUGUACUGUAUUGAUAUUCUGUCGUACUGUAGGAUUAUAAUGUCUCAAAAUCUUAUAGAUAAACUCAACUUUUUCCACCUCUGUAACCGUUUAAUAAUGUCCAGUUUAUCAUCAUGUGCAAAACUACCAUCAACACCGCAAAUGCUUUGUAAAUGUCUUCACAUUACCUCUUAUAUCAUGAUGUGGAUGUGAAUAUUAUUGUGUCAAUAUUUACAUCAUCCUGGUUCAGAAAGUGUCCUUUCCACACAUGGAGAAUGCUUUAAUUCUACCCAUUUCCCAGCGAAGAAAGUAAAGUUAUUAUUUUUACCUCUGGGAGCAUAUAUAGAGUUGUACAUUUUGUUACAGUUUUGUAAUCUUUUCUGAUGCCACAAUAGUGUAAGCCUAAUAGACUAGAGGUGUGCUCUUGCUUUGUAGCCAUAGGUAGAGACUGUAUCCUGACUCCAUCUUUGGCCAUAGAAGCCACCUCUUAAUUUUACAUAUAUCCAAAGCAUACGUUUAUCUUUGUCAUUUUAUAUUUCUCUUUUUACCAUUUUUUUUUUACUCUAGAUAUGAAGUAGAACACUUCUUGGUCCAUUGUUUACUAUAUCUUGUAUUUAAACAAAGUACCACUAAUUGUUUCCUAAAGCACCAGAACUAUGUACCACCGGCAAGCAGAAUACACUUGUUAAAGGCUCUGUGUGGCUCUUACGUAGCCAGUGAACAUGUUAUAUGUAACUUUAAAUAGGGGAAAAGGAAACAUCUGAAUAUAUAUAUAUAUAUAUAUAUAUAUAUAUAUAUAUAUAUAUAUAUAUAUAUAUAUAUAUAUAUAUAUAUAUAUUUACAAAGCAGCUAGCAUGUGAAGCAGCAGACCUCUGUUGUCCCCACUGGUUAUUUGACCAGAACUCUGGUGGACAAAGCUUCCAGACAAGGUAAUCACUGGAAGUCAUCAUAGGCCUUGCCAGAAUUAUCCCGGUGGGCACCGGCUGUACAUCAUGUAACAGCAUCGCUCAGGAAAGCCACACCCACAUGGAGGGCGGAGGAUUUCUCACGUGGAUAUGAAGGGCCCCAUUGAAAGAGGUUUAUUCUCUGUUGGAGUCUGGAUGCUGUCACGUCAGAUCUAGUCUCUGCUGUCCAUUUAAAGUGUGACUGUAACCGCAUUUUUCUGCAUCACAAUAAAUUUCCAUUUGUCAAAAAAAUAAAAAAGGAAAAUAUAUAACUUAUCCUGUACAUGGUGCUUUUAUCACAGAAUUAGCAAAUGUUUUUGAUUGUAUUUUAAUAAAAACAUUGAAUAUAAAA